AAACGACAAAGCAACGGUCACAAAACAGUUCAAAGUUCUAAUGCUAAAUACGAAAAUGAUAAGAGAAGGAGAAGAAGAAGAAGAAGAGAAAGAAGAAAAGAGGCUCAUCAUUAGAAGCUGUAAAGUGGUAGAGUAUUUGCAGCCACUAAUGUCAAAAGAGCUUCUCUUCAAGUUCCCGGACAACUCUGCCUUCGACUUUGAUUACUCGCAGAGUUCAAUAUGGUCUCCCUUGGUGCCUCGAAUUCACAGUCCCAUGGAUUUUGGCUUGGUUACGCCGAGAAAGCUCACUUUUGGAUUUGGGUUUGAAUCAGAUAACAAUAAGAUCAACACAAGUGGCUCAAAGAAACUCACCUCAAGCAUCAAGAAGAAGAUGAAAUUGAAGAAGACGAAGAAGAAGAAGAACAGAGCUAAGGCUUCUGAAUUCUCUCCAACUCCUAUUAAAGGCGCUUGUGAUCUGUUCACUACCAAGGGAUGGGGUAAGCUGCUAAAAGCUGCCUCAAAACAUUUCAAGAAAAGGAAGAAAGAUCCUACAAGCCACGUGAAGCUCUCCAACUAUUUGAGAGAUUUAAGCAAGUGAAGUGAUAUCCCACUUCUUAUAUAGCUGAUUUGUAUUCAUUAUUGUUUUAAGAUGUGCACUACAAUAAGUUUAGCUUAAUGUUGUAUGUUGUAUUAUAGAUU